CGUUCCGGUUAAAACUCAGGUUUUGCUAGGGUUUUAGAGGGUGAGUCUCUUUGUUCUUCCUUUCUUCCUUUCUUCCUUUCUCGUAUCCGUUGAAGAGCCUCUUACGGCUUUCAUGGCUUCGAGCGACUCUCCUGUUCCUCUCCCUGCUCCAUCUUCAACAUCAUCUAGGGUUAGCUCAGGAAUCGUUGGAAAAGCGGUUGAUGCGCUUCUGAAAUGGAAUGAAUCAAAGAAGAAAAAGCUGGAGAAAGCCCAGUUGUUAGAGCAAGAUGACUUCCUCUAUCUCAUUCUAACCCUCAAGAAGAUCCCUGCAAAUGGUCGCACAAACCCUUACAAGAUCCCUCUAUCACACCCUCUCCACUCCCCAGAAGAGGAACUCUGUCUCAUCAUCGACGAUCGCUCCAAAAAUCGUCUCACCUCUGAAGCCGCCAAAAAGAAAAUCCAGGCCGAAGGAAUCCCCAUCUCGAAGGUCCUCAAGCUUUCUAAGCUUAAAACAGAUUAUCGCCCAUUCGAGGCCAAGCGCAAGCUCUGCAGCUCCUAUGAUCUCUUCUUUGCCGAUAAACGGAUCAUUCCUCUCCUUCCAAAGCUAUUGGGGAAAGAGUUCUUCAAGAAAAAGAAGAUUCCUAUACCAGUCGAUUUAACCCACCAGAACUGGAAGCAGCAGAUUGAGUAUGCUUGUGGGUCUGCUCUUCUGUUCUUGAGGACCGGCACUUGUAGCGUUCUUAAGAUCGCUAGGGUCUCUCAGAGCCGAGACGAGAUUGUUGCUAAUGUUGUUUCUGCCAUUGAUGGGACUACGGAGAUCAUACCAAAGAAGUGGGCAAAUGUUCGUUCUUUUCACUUGAAGAUGUCUGAGUCUCUGGCAUUGCCGCUUUAUCAGUCUGUUCCUGAUAUGGUUUUGAAAAUUGACGGGAUUAACAAGAAAGAAGAGAGUAAAGAAGAAUUAUCUGCUGGGGAGUCUGGGAAGGAUGCUAAGCUGAAGGAUGGGAAGAAGUCGGGAAAGAAGAAACUCGCGAAGAAAGGGAGGAUCCAUGAAGUUCGAUACAUGGAUAAUAAUCCUGACGAGUUGCUGGGAGGCGAUGAAUUGGGUGGCGAUGAGGAUUCUGACGAUGGCGAGGAUAAUGAUAGUUAUGAUUUGGGCACUGCUGAAUUGACGGGGAAAAAGCGGAAGAAAGUGCAUCGGGUGAAGGAGGACAGUGUUCUUAAUGAGUUGAAUGGUGAGAAACAACCAAAGAAACCAGAGAAGGUGAACAAGGGGGAUGCUGUGAAAAAGAAGAAGGGCCGAGUUUCUUCAGAGAGUGGGAGUGAAGCAGCAGCAGUUGACCAUGAAACCAGUGGUGCCAUGAAUGUUGCUGAUGGACCAAAGAAGAUUAAAAAAGGUAAACUUGGGAAGUUGGAGGGUGUUGAAAUGAAGAUUAAGUAUAGGAAGAGUACUAGUAAACAAACGUAAGGCACCAUGGUUUAGGCUAGCCUUAUCUAUCAGCUGGGGUGCCCCCUCCCUGUAAUCAAGUACGCCUGUGUUCUAGAAGUCCUCUGCGGUUUUUAUUUAUGCAAUCAAUUUUGGUAUUUUGUUGUCAUUCCUUUUUAUUAGUUUAUUAGUCAGUGAUUACUGUAAGCAACUGAGAUUUGAUGAUCAGAGUUACUAUGCAACUUAAUGGAAAUAUAAUCUUUAACUCCA